AUGAGUUUAGCGAGGAGAAACCAACUUAAUACUAUCACAGGUGGUUUCCACUUCGCUAAAACAGAUGCUUUUGGGAAUAAAUGGAAGACAUGUAUUCUUGUCGUACUUUUUUUCUCAAAUUUCGUAUUUUAUUUCGAUAAUUGGAAACCAAAACUCAUUUUUAGUACAACAUUCGCAUUAAUCAUCCUUCUACUGAAACUAUUUUCAUACAUAAUUAAUAAACUAUAUGAUAACGCUACAACUUAUAAUAUAGAAGGUGAUGAUGUACAAGAAGUUGAAACAGAAGGAUUUCAACUACCGAAAGGCAUUUCUCUUCAACUAUGGGAAAAGCGACAAGUCAUUUGGAACAAUUUACACAAUUUAGAUGAAGCUGCUUUCAUUUUGAUCACAUCCGGCUUCAAUCCAGACGAAGUGUACGCAUUAAUAGCAUUAGCAUCAAAUGGAACCAUCAACAGUACUACAAAAUUAGCACAAAGACGUAAAAAUCCGAAUAUUCGACAUACAAUUCACUUUUGCGGCAAAGAAUUCAAUCUCAAACGCGGAAGAGAAGAAUUUUCACGCAUAAUGGAUCGCCCCACCAACAUUUUCGAAAUCUUUAUUUGUUAUUUUGUUGCAGCUCUUACGAUAUUUGCGAUAGGAACGUUUAAAACCGACUACUACUGUAUUGGUAUGGGUGUAAUACUUGGCUUUUCGCUAUUUUCACUCAUCCAACAGCCUACUGUUGAGCCAUAUGGUAUGCUCAUGACAGAUUCAACAUAUAAGUACACCAGAUGUCUUUUUAUAUCAAUUUUUUCUGGUAUUAAUUGCAUUUUGGUGUAUUUCAAAUACGAUUUACCUUUAAUGCGAAUUUUAAUAAUUUUAAUUCCAAUACUAAUUGUUGUAGGAGCAAUUGGACACACAAUACUUACAAUACAUUACAUAUUUGAGACAGUUAACUUAUAUUUAUUUGGUAUUCUCGGUUCUACUUCGACAUGGAGAUCAUUACUCGAAUUACUUAUCAAUACAGCCAUUAUUGCCAUCGGAUAUGUAAUCUCUACGAAGUUACAUGUCAAAUUCCUUCCUACAAUUCUUGUAUCAAUUAUGUCAAUUUUUGCAAAUUUGGAUUCUAUGUUAUUCUCCAAAUUUAGCAUCAAAAAACUUAUAUUAUCUGGCCUAUUCGUAGUAUUUGCAGCUAUUGGCUCAAUAUUCCCUAUUCUUCUCGUUACAAACGCUUAUAGAUUUUUCAUACCGGGAAUAUUAAUCGUAACUUGCAUGAUAUUACCAUAUUUACAAUCUUUUAAUCAAUAUAUUUUCUUCCACUGCGAAAGUAUCGUUUUUCCUGACAUUUUCUGGAAAAUUGAGUCAGUUCUUCGAUCAUUCUUAGUAGGAAUGUUUAUUUCAUACUCUAUAAAAGACGAAAAUACUAUAUACGCCCCUCUUUUGGCACUUUUACUCUAUAGAAUUGCGAUGACUUCACCGCAACUGGGUAGUUUCGCUAUUGUCAUUGCCUGCUUCACUGUAUACUACAAAUUUUCGGCGAAGAACACCUCUGUUGGGUCGAUUCUCGCUGCAUUUAUUGCAUUGAAGAUUUUAUCAGUGAUAAGGGUAGUUUCUGCUAUGACAAUUAACAGCCAAUGGAUCUGGAUAAACCCACAAGAGGGUUUACUUGAAAGUCUUUUAUAUGGACUUUUCAAUUUAUUUUGCACAUAUUAUAUUAAUCCAACGAGUUUCUUCACAACGAUCUCGUUAGUGUAUUCUAUGUUUACGGGUGAAGCCCAAUCUUUGAUAUUUGGCGCCAGUAAGUUAUUUACUUUUUCAGCUCCACGACCUUAUUGUUUUCUUGAAUCGAUUUCGAUGUCAAAUGACGAGGAGUUCCAUACCAAUGAGACUAACCAGAGAAUAGAACUCCCUGCUUAUAUUUCUCUCGGUAGUGAGUUGGAAAAUGUUUUGAACGAUAGGUUGAAAAAUGGUCAGCUCGGAUUUGUCCUUCCAGACAGCUUCUAUUUGUUCACUUCUAAUGAUUUACUUGGCAUAGUGCAUGUGAUAUCACUGUCUAUCCAUGAUAUUAGGUUUGAUUUGCGUUGUAUGGAGUUUAAACAAACAACAAGCUGCCAUCAUAAUGAAAUAGCACAUUUGAACAGAUUAGUUGCUGACCAUCAGCCAUUUGGAAACUUCCUGCAGUCAUAUAUGUAUAGAUUUAGCGCUUAUGAACUGAAAUCAAAGAAAUUUUCCCUCAAUAACUUCUCUUUGUCAUCAAUUUCGCUUGAGAAUGUAAAUGCAGGAUGCAGUGAUGAGAAAAAGCUGAGAUAUCAGUUCUUUUCUUCAAUUCUCGCUGUAAUCCAAGAAAAUUUAGAAAAAUCUCAAAACAAUUCCGAGCAAAUUGAAGAAACUAGCGAUAACUCCAUCCCAUUAGUGCAAAUACCCAAACAAACAGAGUCACAAUUCACAGAAGAAGAAAUAGAAAUGAUAAAUCAAUUUUCCAUGAAAUAUAAUACUCAAAUUGACAAAACAAUAGUACACAAUGUAUAUGAAGAUCUCAAAUAUUCCGUUGCAAACAUAAACGAGACAAUUUUCGAUGAUAAUUUCAAUGAUGACAAGAAAAACAUCGGAAAAGCCACUCGAAACUACAUUUUACUUCUUCUCAUGGAUUCUGUUGGUAUUGCUCCAGACAUUCUCGAUCCAAAUACCGCAGAAACCGAAGAAGAAAAGCAGCAAAUCCUUGAUGACAUUUUUGACUUCAUUGACAGUUCACUUGACACAGAAGCAGUUCCUGUUUCAUCGAAUAAGAAACUACAAGAGAUAACGAAGCGAGGAACACCAAUUAUUUUCCUCAGAACGACGAAUGAAGGGAGAACAUUGAUCAGAUACGGAAAAUCUGUUCAAGAUUGGUUUGUUUUCCAGAUGAACACCGGAGUUGUCAGAGGAUUUUGGUCUGGAUUAAUAAGAGAACUGAUUUUCGGUGCUUCUGCAAGUGAAGAGAGACUUUCAAUCACUUUGGACUUAAAUAGAUUGAGGAAUAUUACAAAUCAGAGUAUAAAUCCACCUGUUGGUUAUCCUGUGUAUGUAACUAAGGUUUUGUCUAAUAAUUAA